UUGAAAGAUCGAGAAAGCGAGAGAAAGAAAAGAGUGUAGUAGGAAAAGUGAACAGAAAAUACUCUUUGUCUUUCUCUGCAAUUGCAAGAAAUCUAAAAAUCCCAAGGAAAUCAAAAUCCUAAUUAACAGUAACAGUAAUAACAGUAAUGUCUGUUUCAUUCUCUCUUCUCUCAUCACAAACUCGACCUUUUCCUCCUCCUUUUCCUUUCCCUUCCAAGUCCAAGUCCAAGUCCAACCGUCACUUCCUUCUUCCUCAUCGCACUUCUACAACGUCCACGUGUCCAUCUUCUCCAAUACGACGCCGUCUCCUUCUCGAACCAAACAGUACUCACCUCUCUCUUCGCUGUUCCUCUUCCAUGUCUGUUGAGAACUCCACUCCUACUUCCCAGCUGCAGGAUAGUUUGUUGUUUUCAAGAGCAUACUGGGUUAGUAAAUCGAUUAUUGCCUGGAAUGUGGAUGUUGGAGAUGGUUCCUGCUUCUUAUUCGCUAGUAAAACUGCUGCUUUAUCAAUUGUGGAUGAUGGAGUUGAAGGCAAGGACAUGCAAAUUAAGCUUGAAGAAGACAGUUGUGGGCUUCCAGAAAAUGUGAUUAGAAAAUUUCCUCAUAUUCAAGACUACAGAGCUUACAAAGUGCCUUCUACUUUGGAUGCCAAAACUCUCCUCAAAUGCCAGUUAGCAGUUGCUACUUUCAAUUCUGUUGGGAAAUGCAUAAAUGUUACUGGUUUGCAAUUACCUGGUGUGCUUGACGAGUUAUUCUCAUACAAUGGUCCCCUUGGUGCACUUUACUCAGAAGAAUCUGUGUCACUUCACCUCUGGGCUCCUACUGCUCAAGCAGUAUUUGCUUGCAUUUAUAGGGAUCCAGUAGGUGGGAAUCCUCUGGAAAUUGUCCAGCUUGAGGAGGUUAAUGGCGUUUGGAGUACCAAAGGACCAAAAAGAUGGGAAGGCUGCUAUUAUGUCUAUGAAGUAUCUGUGUAUCAUCCUAGCACCCUGCGAAUUGAUAAAUGUCAUGUAAAUGAUCCAUAUGCUAGAGGGUUCUCAUCAGAUGGCAGGCGGACAUUUUUGGUCAACCUUGAUUCUGAUACAUUGAAACCUGAAGAGUGGGAUAAUUUGGCAAAUGAGAAACCUGAUAUACUCUCUUUCUCUGACAUAAGUAUAUAUGAAUUGCAUAUAAGGGAUUUCAGUGCCAAUGACUACACUGUGCAUCCUGAAUUUCGUGGUGGUUAUCUGGCCUUCACUUUGCAGGAUUCAUCAGGUGUGCUCCAUCUAAAAAAAUUAUCAAAUGCUGGUCUCACUCAUGUCCAUCUAUUGCCAACCUUCCAAUUUGCUGGUGUUGAUGAUGAGAAGGAGAACUGGAAGUGUGUGGAUACCAAUAUGCUGGAAAAAUUACCACCUGAUUCAGUUCAGCAACAAGAUCUAAUUACGGCAAUCCAAGACAAUGAUGGGUAUAACUGGGGGUACAAUCCUGUGCUCUGGGGGGUUCCUAAAGGAAGUUAUGCAAGUAACCCAAAUGGUCCAUACCGUAUAAUUGAGUUUAGAAAGAUGAUUCAGGCACUUAACCGUAUUGGCCUUCGCGUUGUAUUGGAUGUUGUCUACAAUCAUGUGCAUGGAAGUGGGCCCUUUGAUGAAAAUUCCGUCCUUGAUAAGAUUGUUCCAGGUUACUAUCUGAGAAAGAACACUGAUGGUCUUAUUGAGAAUAGUACAUGCGUGAAUAACACUGCCAGUGAGCAUGUUAUGGUUGAGCGUCUGAUUCUUGAUGAUCUUCUUCACUGGGCAGUUCAUUAUAAGGUUGAUGGGUUUCGGUUUGACCUCAUGGGUCAUAUAAUGAAAAGUACAAUGGUGAAAGCCAAGGAUGCUCUCCACAGCCUAACAAAGGAAAGUGAUGGGAUUGAUGGUUCAAGUAUCUAUAUAUAUGGUGAAGGAUGGGACUUUGGUGAAGUUGCCAAAAAUGGACGUGGGGUAAAUGCUUCUCAGUUCAAUCUUAGUGGAACUCAAAUUGGGAGCUUUAAUGAUCGAAUUCGGGAUGCAAUGCUUGGUGGAUCUCCAUUUGGCCAUCCUCUUCAGCAAGGAUUUGUUACUGGUCUAUUUUUGCAGCCAAAUGGUCAUGAUCAUGGUACAGAAGCUAAUGCAGGAUGCAUGCUUGCUGUGGCAAAGGAUCACAUCCAGGUUGGCAUGGCUGCAAACUUGAGGGAUUUUGUGCUAACUAAUUUUGAAGGAAAAGAGGUAAAAGGAUCAGAGGUAUUAACUUAUGGCGGGGCCCCUGUUGCAUAUGCUUUAUCUCCCACAGAAACGGUUAAUUAUGUUUCUGCUCAUGACAAUGAGACCCUGUUUGACAUAGUGAGUUUGAAGACUCCAACGGAAAUCUCUGUAGACAAGAGAUGCAGGAUAAAUCAUUUGGCAACAAGUGUAAUAGCGCUAUCACAGGGAGGAUGGAAAAUAGGGGAGCGAAAAGAGGAGAGAAUGCCACUUUCUUUUGUUUGGUAAGAGGAUAAAAAAAGGUGGAAGGAAGAUAGGGGUUGGGGAAUUUUCUCUCAAAAAUAGAGAGAAAACAUGGGAGAAAACUUGAGGGAGGCAAAAUGUCAAAAUUACUCCCCACUUUUCCAUAUUUCUACUUUUUAUAAUAAGGCAUAAUUGUAAUUAACUCUCUAUCCUUUCACAUUUCCAUCCUCUCUACUAAACACACAUGAUGGAAAACACAAAUAUUUUCUAUCCUCCUACUUCUCAAUUCUCCCAACCAAAUAAAGCGUCUUUUCUCAUUUUGACAAAAAUAUUUGUGUUAAGUAAUAAGCUAAUUUCAAUGAGAGCAUAAGUAGGUUAUUUUGGAAAACAUGAGUUUUAUGGACAACGAGUUGAUUGAUUGUGCACCAUCUUUUGCAAAUUCUGAUCUUCUCUUAAUGCAUUUAUAUCCAUUAUGUGUUCAGAAGUGGUACAGGUUCUCAUGAUGUUGAGUGAAUGAAGGGACAAUUCAUUAAAUAGAUUGGUUCAGGAACUAUCUUGCUUAAGCAUGACCUGUUUAUAAUUUGAUUAACAACUUCAAUGGAUUAACCUUGAUUUAUUGAAUUUGUUAGGGGUCAUGUCAAACUGAUUAGCCACCCCAAUUAACUUAGUUUAUUGGACAAUAACACUAAAUUAAAUAACAUUACCAUUUACCACAAAAUUUAUUUUAAAAAAUAAAUUAGUUGAAAAUGAUCAUGGUCUUUAGAUGUAGGGUCAUUGAGUGCAUAAGACUAAGUCGAAUUCAACCUAUUCAUGAGAAUGUUGUCCUGGAUUAUUUCUGCUCUGGAUUCUUUGGAGUAGUUCAUGCUAGAAAGGAUCAAAGCAGAGUACAGUCAGGGAAGGAGGUGAGGGAAAGUAGAGGAUAGAGAGAAUGGGAGUGCCCUUAAUAUGCACAUUUUCCCUUGAGUCCUCCUAUGUGGUCUUGUCCUAGUGGUCCACCAAUCAGAGCCUUUUGAAUGCCCCCAAACAUGAACACACUAGUAUAACAAGGCAUCUGUUUUUGUGGUGCCCUUGUGUCAGAGCUAGGAGCCAUGUAUAGUUAGUUGAUUGUCAGGGUAUAAAUUGGUUAAUUUUAUUAGUUUAGAACUGGGUCCUGGGGAUUUUUCCAGCUCUAACCUUAGCAUCCUGGACAAGAUACUCAGUGAAAUUGUUUGCCUUCAAUUGUCACUUGCUUCCAAGAUGCUGUCAUGUCUAUACCUUCUGUGCAAGGAUGUCUUUCUUCUUAUGGACAGCUGCUAGGGGUAGCAUUCUCACCAUCGAUAACCUUGUUUUAAGGGAUCAGUCCCUUGUUGAUUAGUGUUGCUUAUGCCAUUGUAAUGGGGAAACUGUAGAUCAUCUUUUGCUUCAUUGUAAGUUUGCUCAUGUUUUAUGAAGUGAAGUUUUUUUGAUGUUUAGGGUUCAAUGGGUGAUGCCGGAUACAAUUGUUUCUCUUUUCUUUGCAUGGAGGAUUGUUUUGGGGAAAAGUUCUUCAAAUGUUUGGAAUAUGGUACCAGCCUGCCUUAUGUGGUUAAUUUGGUGGGAACGCAACACCCAUAUUUGUGAAGAUAUUGAGAGACUUGUAGAUCUCUUGAGGUCUAUGCUAGCUAGAACUUUGUUUGGAUGGUCUCGUACUUGGGGGUUCAAGCAGUGUAUUUCCAUUUUUUAUUUUCUAUUAGUUCUUCUCUUUGAUUUGUUACAAGUGCAGUGAUUCACCAUCGUGAACACAUUGUUUCUUUUUU